UACACACAAAACAUUUGACAAUUCCUUACAUGUCUUUACCAACCGUGCACGUUAUCAAGUGCGCAAUUACAAAAUUUAUUGAUUUAGAAAUCAAAUGAUUAAAUUAAUAAAAAAGAAUAACAUCACAUUAAGAUAAGUUUUUAAAAAUUAGUUUUGUAAUAUAAAUAAUUUUUUUUUACAUGUGUGUGAAAAGAGAAAGGUAGUAGUUGAAAGAUACUUGGGAAAUGUAGAUGGAGGUUAGAAACGUUCAGAAAUAUCUGUCAAGUUUGAAGAAAUUCUAUUCACAAAUAUUUAUCUGUCAAUGAUCUGAACAUUGUAGGAUAAUUAAUGAUUGAUAAUGGGUCUGUUAACCGUGUUGAAAAAAUUGAAGCAAAAGGAAAAGGAGAUGCGAAUUUUAAUGUUGGGUUUGGACAAUGCGGGCAAAACAACGGUAUUGAAAAGACUUAGUGGUGAACCAAUAGAUACUAUAUCACCCACACUUGGCUUCAAUAUCAAGACGUUAGAACAUCGUGGAUACAAACUCAAUGUAUGGGAUGUGGGUGGACAGAAAUCACUGCGUUCAUAUUGGAGAAAUUAUUUCGAGUCUACAGAUGGACUUGUUUGGGUAAUAGAUAGUGCGGAUAGAAGGAGAUUGGACGAUUGUAAAACAGAAUUAUACAAGCUCUUGCAAGAGGAGAGAUUAGAGGGGGCGAGUCUCCUCAUAUUUGCCAAUAAGCAAGAUAUGCCUGGUGCAUUGUCUGCAUCUGACAUAGCAGAAAUUUUGGAAUUACCUAAUAUAAAAACUCAUCAUUGGCAAAUCUAUAAAUGUUCUGCUGUGACAGGUGAAAAUCUAGUCGAUGGUAUCAAUUGGAUCGUGGAUGACAUUGCAGCGAGAAUAUUUUACAUAGAUUAGAUUAAAUUCACAAAUUAAUAUUUCUUACCUCAUUAAAUGCAAAAAUAAUGCUGGACUAGUUUUCGUGAAAUAAUAUUUAUAUUAUGUUGUGAAACUAAUAUGUAAUAUAAUUAUUAAAAGAUUACAAAGUCUCUAAAA